GGUAAAUGCAACCAAGCACGUCGCCCAUGGAGGCUUCGCCUAGCGUCGCCUCGCCUGGCGUUUCCCAUGGCCUCGCCAAGGCCAGCCCCGGGACUUCUCCUGGAUCCCUUGAUUCAGUCGCCUCCUUCAUUGUGGAACUACCAUUGGAGCCCCCCCGUUCAUUGUGUCCAAGCUCCUGCACUUUAG